UGAGAAGGUGAUGUAUCAGGACUUCUAUUCAUUCACAGAGGACUAUCUGUUUUUCCACUCUGAGUGCAAAACACGUGCGACAGUUUGAAUAACUUUCUGAAAAGUUUUAUUUCUAGUUUUGGUCUGACAUCCACCAAAAUGUCAGGGGACUCUCUGGUAUCUGGAUCCUUUGUGGUAGCAGACUAUUUGGUGUUUGCUCUCAUGCUUGUGUUGUCCGCUGCAGUCGGGGUCUACUACGCCUGGGUGGACAAGGGCCAGCGAAGCUCGGGGGACUUCCUAAUGGGAGGCCGAAGACUGACGGCCCUGCCUGUCUCCAUGUCCCUGACCGCCAGCUUCAUGUCAGCCAUCACAGUGCUGUCCAACCCAGCCGAGGUAUACCGCUACGGAGCCAAUAUUGGAUUUUAUGGUCUCUCCUAUGUAAUGACGAUGGUGCUCACAUCUGAGGUCUUUCUCCCAGUCUUUUACAGGCUGGCCAUCACCAGCACAUAUGAGUACCUGGAGCUGCGUUUCAGCAGAGCAACACGUCUGCUGGGAACUGUGCUCUUCAUUGUUCAGACAAUCCUCUACACUGGAAUCGUCAUUUACGCCCCAGCUCUUGCUUUAAACCAAGUAACUGGUAUGGAUCUGUGGGGUGCAGUGAUUUCCACAGGCGUGGUCUGUACCUUUUACUGCACAAUGGGGGGUCUGAAGGCGGUGGUGUGGACAGAUGUGUUUCAGCUUGGUGUCAUGCUUGCAGGCUUCCUGUCUGUCAUCAUCAGGUCUGUGGUCUUACAAGGUGGAGUCUUCCCCAUCAUCUCAGAUUCACAACAAGGAGGGAGACUCAACUUUUGGGACUUUGACACAAACCCUUUGAGGAGACACACUUUUUGGACAAUAACCAUUGGAGGGACAUUUGUCUGGGUCAGUAUCUAUGGGAUCAAUCAGGCCCAGGUUCAGAGAUACAUCUCCUGCAAGAGCAUCACUCAUGCCAAACUAUCUCUGUACAUCAACCUGUUAGGCCUGUUGUCCAUCUUGCUGUGCUCAGUGUUUGCAGGAAUGUGCCUCUUCUCAGUCUAUAAGAACUGUGACCCGUGGACAGCUGGACUGGUUUCUGCUCCUGAUCAGUUGAUGCCAUAUUUGGUGAUGGACAUCUUGGGAGACUAUCCUGGCCUUCCUGGACUGUUUGUUGCAGCUGCAUAUAGUGGAUCUCUAAGCACAGUGUCUUCCAGCAUCAACGCACUGGCUGCAGUGACAGUAGAGGACCUGAUCAAACCGUACACUAACAUGUCUGAGAAACACCUGUCCUGGACUUCAAAAGGACUGAGUCUUAUAUAUGGGGUUUUAUGUAUUGGAAUGGCUGGACUGGCUUCACUCAUGGGAGGGAUCUUGCAGGCAGCCAUCAGUAUAUUUGGGGUCAUUGGAGGUCCUUUACUUGGUCUUUUUACAUUGGGUAUCCUCUGUCCAUUUGCCAACUCCAAAGGAGCUUUGUCAGGUCUUGUGUCAGGGUUGGUUGUGUCUCUGUGGGUGGGCAUCGGAGCCCAGAUAUACCCUCCCCCUCCUGCUAUGGCCCGACCUCUGUCACUGACCACUGAGGGCUGUAACUUCACCACUACAGACAGCCUCAACUGGACCUCCACUGCUCUGCCAACACAGCCGACCUCCAUCACCACAGUCUCAGUACACAACAUUGAUGGCAAGCCUCUGCUGGCAGAUAACUGGUACUCUCUGUCCUACCUUUACUUCAGUCCUAUUGGAACCAUUAUAGCUAUCAGUGUGGGACUAUUAGUCAGCCUUUUUACAGGAGGCUGGAAGCUAAAGGCUGAAUCAAGGCUUACCUUAAUGAAAGAAGACACAACUUCCUAUCACCUAGUGAUGUUUUUCAAAGGCAGAGUCACGAGAAGAGCAGGAAAGCCUGACCUGACAAACAACGGAGAGAAGAAAGUUGGCAACACAAAUCCUGCUUUCUGUGACACUGAGAUGGACUUAACAAACACAAAAUGUUUGCCACCCAAUUUCUAGAUUCAAUUUUCUAUUUAUUUCUAAUUUUUCCUAUUUGUUAUGUCCUCUAAAUACAUAAUAAUAAUAUUAAUCGCAUAGUCCAUUACAAGAAGCGUCAGUGAAGGAUUUAAAUUACUGGGGAAAAAAUCUGUAAUUUAUUACAAACCAGGAUAUCACUGCUUUAUCACCUAUUCAAGAGACGAACAGGAAAGUUUGACCUGACAAGGGACAGAGAGGAGAAAUUUGGCAGCACUAAUCCCGCUUACUGUGAUGUUGAGCAGCAUUCCCACAUGAAAUGGAACUAAUGUUUGUUAUAUAAUUUCUGGAUUAAAUCUCAUUUUUUUUAUGGUGUAAUACAAGAAACGUCAAUGAAAGAGUUGAAUUACAGAAAAAAAAAUGGCGUGACUUUCUAGAAUUUGUUACCAAAAAAUAGCACUGCUUAGAAUAUUAAUUUGUGCAAUAUUUAUGUUCGGGCACUGCUGCCUCACAGCAAGAAUGUCCUGGUUUCAAAUCCACCUUCCAGCUGAGGCCUUUCUGUGUAGAGUUUGCAUGUUUUCCGUGUGUCUACGUAAGUUUCCUCCCACAGUCCAAAGGCAUGCAGGUCAGGUUCAUCUCAACUGUCCAUAGGUAUGACUGUGAGUGUGAAUGUUUUUCUGUGUAUGAUAAGCUGACGACCUGUUCACCCCUCACUGCGCAUGAUAAAUACACAUAAUGGAUGGACGAAAUACAGCCAAACAGCCUGUUUGGAGAAAAAAAACAUGAUACUAGGUACAGACUUUUUUUUUUUUUACUUAUAUGACUGAACAUACUGUUACGUUCUAGAUAAUAAUUACCUAAACACAUUUAGGAAAUGAAUGGUGUGAAGGCUGUUUUACUGUUAUUGAUUGUUGAGUGAAAAAAUUACGUGGAAGGACUCUCAUUCUCGCUCAGACGAAAGGUUGGUUUAUUUUCCUGCAGUUCAGUUUCAUGUUAGAAGGUGAUUUGCCAGGAUUUCCAUUUAUUCAUAAAGGAUUGUCUGAGUGCAAAGCUGCACACUGAACAGUUUGAAUAACUUUCUGAAUAGUGUUAUUUCUAGUUUUGGUCUGACUUGCACCAAAAUGUCAGGGGACUCUUUGGUAGAUGGCUCCUUUGUGGUAGCAGACUAUGUGGUGUUUGCUCUCAUGCUGGUGGUGUCCACUGCCGUCGGGGUCUACUAUGCCUGGGCCAGCAGGGGCCAAGGAAGCUCCAGGGACUUCCUAAUGGGGGCAAAGACUGACGUCCUUGCCUGUCUCCAUGUCCCUGACUGCCAGCUUUAUGUCAUCCAUCACAGUGCUGUCCAACCCAGUUGAGGUAAGGUUGAUGUAAUGCUUUACAUUAAAGUUCAAAUGCAAAAAAAACCCCAUCUUUUCUCACAAUUAAUUUCAUCUCUUCCACUUCUUCUUGAUUGAAGUGUCUCUUCGCACAUUUAUAUCCUUUCAGAAUGAAACAGAAAACCUUCUGAAACAAAGACUAAUGGAUUUAUUUUAGGGUUAUGUGCUCUUUGAUAGAGAGUGAUAUACCAUAGUUGUUGAGGAAACACAAGAAUAUAUUUCGGCCUUUAAAAAAAAGAACGG